UUACAGGCGCGCUGCAGUGCAGCAAGAAGCAUGUCCGUGUCCGCUCGGUAGUCCGAUUUUUCGCGUCGCCGGUGAUCGCCUAGGCAAUGUUCUGUACAACGGAUCGCGAUUUGUUCGUUGGGAAGACGAGGGAGCGAAAUUUGAAGAAAUAAAUUGCUACUUGGAUGGCGCACACCACCGGCUCGUGUGGAACAACGGCCUUACCGGCGUCACCGGAUUCCUAGAAGUCGCAAGAAUUCAACUUGUUUUGCCGGGGAGGAAACCGAAGGACACGCGACAAAUACUUCGAUCUCACGGCGUUGCGAUCACUUCGGAUCAUUGCUUGAGUAUUUAUUACGGCUGUUGGCCGUGGUCUGUGUUACAUCUCGUUGGGUCUCUUCCUCCUGUUGUUGCCACGUGGGUGAGGGAUCUGUCUCUUCUAGUGGAAACGGUCAAAAGUUAUUUUACAAGCGGAAGGCGUGGCAUGUCUGCAAGCGAUGCUAAUAACGAAUACUACGACAAUCCUCACCUCAAUUACUCGUUGAAGUCGAGAUAUACAGACAUUUACAGACAGUCGCGUGGAGGUCUUUCGACUUCGCAAGCUGUGGCAGAAUUUCUGACAAUCGGACAGUCACGAGCGUGUCAGCUGUUGCCACAGAUUGCUGGAUUGGCGAGUAAGCUAGAAAAUGUGAUGAGAAAGGAAGAGAUGAAUAUCAGUUUCUCUCUCUUUUGUGAUUUGCACUUUUUGUGCUCAAUGUGUCAGCGAGUUGAUCUGCUUAUGCUCUGUAUGGAUCUUGCUAGAAAUCAACCAACUACGUUAGCUGUUCCAAAGGAAGUUGCUGCUAGUGCUGCUUAUGGAAGAGAGUCAACGUCAUCGAAAGACGAUUCAAAAGGUUCUAACUUGGUGUCAAGAAUACAGCAACUGGUUACUGGAACUGGAACUGAGGCAAAAGUAAAAAACAGACGAUGUGCUGUUGAAGAAAGUGACAUACUUGGCAUACAGCUCAACCUUCUUCAUGAGGCUGUCGAUCAGAAGAUGACGUUGGCCUAUGACACGUUCAAGGGAUUUCUCCAAGUGUGGCAGGGAGUAAAGUCUUUGUCUCACAGUGAAAUAGAAAGUGUGAUCGAACAAUGUGAAGCUCCUAGAAUUAUCCGGAUGUUGAAUAGAUCAGACCAACCGAUGUCUCUCAGUUUACUCGGCUUUUGUUGGUAUUUUGUAAGUCACGAUAUGUUUUUUCACGCUAUGGAUUGCAGUGAAGAACUACACGACAUGACACAACCACUGUCUCAUUACUUCAUCUCAUCUUCUCACAACACUUAUUUGACUGGAAACCAGCUUCGGGGAGAAUCGUGUGUUGAAAUGUACUCUCUCGUUCUUCGUCUUGGUUGUCGUUGUGUUGAACUUGAUUGUUGGGAUGGUGAGGAUGGUGAGCCAAUCAUUUAUCAUGGUCACACAUUAACAACAAAGAUAAAGUUCAGGGAUGUCAUCGAGGCCAUCGGAGAUCAUGCCUUUGCCGUCACUCCUUAUCCACUUAUUCUUUCUAUUGAAAAUCACUGCAGUAUACUUCAACAGGUUGUCAUGGCUGAUGUAAUUCGAAAAUAUCUUAGCGCUUACUUGCUGCCUGGUUACUUGGAAGGAGAAUUUCCAGGAGACACACUUCCAUCACCAGAAAGUUUGAAACACAAAAUAUUGAUCAAGAACAAGAAACUGAGUGUUAACUCUCGGAAACGGGGUCGUACUGGUAGUGUGUGGCAUACGGAUGUUGUGAGUGAGUAUGAUAUAGUUGAGGUUGCAGAAAAUGCAAAAAUUUCUACGUUAAAAGAAGACGAGCAGAUUGUAGAUGAGACAAGUGCAAAGGACUGUCAGUCAACAGCUGCAGAUUUUUGUCUGGCUUCAGUUGACAGUGAGUCGAAUAAUAACUUUAAGCUGUCACGCCAAGCAUGGCACAAUGUGCCUGUUUCUUUGAAAUCAAGACGUGCUACUGUAUCAGCAGAGUCAUGCAGUAUGACAGAGGAAACUUUGUCUGUAUCGCAAAGCAGUUCAAACAUGAGUAGUGAUGUAUUACAAGAUAAACAUGAGGACAACAUGCAGUCAGAGAGGAGUUGUUCUCACAGCACAACUGAGGAGGUUUGCGAAAGAAUUAAGGAGCUUUCAGUUUCUACGAUCACUGAAGUUGUCAGUGGUUCAAUCAAAAUAGAAAACUCUUCAGAAGCUGCUUGUGUCAUUCCUUCAGAAGAAACUGUUUGUAUCAUCCCUUCAGAAGAAGCUGUUUGCGUUACUUCUUCAGAAGAAACUACUAGUGCUAGUGUGGAACUGCCAAGAGGAUAUUCAGAUUCUAAUACAUUUCGGAGUCAACAUGCAUCAGCUGUAAAGAAUCAGCACCAAGCGGUCAUUUCAGACACUUCAGAGAGCUAUUUGUUUGCUGGAAAUGAUAAAAAUAAUAGUGAUGAUGCAGAUGAUACAGGUGAAGAUUCAGAUGAAGAACAAGAGGAACAAUCACUGGUUGCUGCAGCACGCAAGGCAUUAUUAGAUGACUCCACUUUAGAUGCUGAUUUUCGUCAAUUCUGUGAACAAGUCUCUUUGUCUGAAGAAGAUAUUGUGUUGUCAUAUAGCAGAAAACGGAAGAAAAGGGUGUCUUCAUCUGCCAGUGCUUCUUCAACUGUUUCAAGUUUGUCCACUGCAUUUCGACACAAAGAAAGCACCAGUUCUAUCAACUCAUUAACAGUUGCGUUGCCAAGCAGUCGAAGUAACAGCGGGACCUCGUCACGUAAAGGAAGAACCUCAUCUUUGGGAUCAAUAUCUUUGGGAUCAAAACCUAUGAAGCAGUUCAAGCUUAAAAUGUCAGCUUCUGCAAGUGCACUUGAUAUGUUGUUUGUGGUUCGUGAACAGCAAUCGAGAGAAGUUUUAGACUCACAUGGCAACAUUUCAUGGCAACUUUCUGAUUUGGUCAACUAUAUUCAACCUGUCAAAUUUGAAAUCAAAAGAUUCAAGGAACCAGAUGCUGCAGCGCGUAGUUUGUGUGUAGAAAUGUUUUCUGUAACUGAGACAAAGGCGAAAAAGUUAUUGAAAAAGUACCCAACGCAAUAUGCAGAGUACAGUCAAAAUCGGUUGAGCAGGGUCUACCCACAUGCUCUUCGCUUUGAUUCAUCUAAUUUCAAUCCGGCGAAUUUCUGGCAAUAUGGAUGUCAAAUGGCAGCAAUGAAUUAUCAGACAAACGAUUCAGCUCUACAAUAUCACAAUGCCAUGUUUGCACAGAAUGGUGGUUCCGGCUUUCUCUUGAAACACAAAGGACAACUUUCGACGUCUGUUGUUGGUGACAAAAACAGAGCCAUUAGAGUAUCGUUUUCUCUCAUUUCUGCACAGAACGUCCCGAUGUCGGGAUCUACAGGGUCUCUGUUUGAGGCUGUCAUUGAUAUCUUUGGAUCUCCUGAUGAUUUUACCAAAUCUUAUCACUCACCUGCUGUCCCUAAUCGCUCUGGCUGUUUGGUAUGGGGAAACGAUAAAGCCAAGUUCUCUACAGUUUUUCUGUACCCUCACAUUGCAGCUGUUCGAUUUUUGCUGCAGAACUCUAAACUAGAUAAUGUAGGUCACUGCAUCAUUCCCGUGUCUUGCCUUCGUCGUGGGUAUAGACACAUUCUGUUGGAUACAGCAACUGGCUCAAUUUGCAAUCGUCCUUCUUUGUGUGUGUUUAUUAAGGUGAGGCAUUAUUCUCCAAGCACUCAGCUGCUUGUAAAGAGUUUUUCGGACGCUCAUUCUCUGCGCUUGUUGACAAUUCAAUCGGUUCCAGGGGAAAGCGAUCCCAUUGUAGUAGGAGUGACAGAAAAUAUGACAACCAAAGACGUAGUUCAUAAGACAUUACAGAUGGUCGGCAGAGAGGAGGAAUUUGGAGAGUUUGCACUGGCUGAAGUCAAUGAACAACAAGAUGAGCGCUAUUUGAAAGAUGAGGAACGGCCUCUGUUGGUGCAGGAAAGUUGGACCCAGUACGGAGUGCAUGCCUCUCUGCAUCUGCGACGACACGGCGGUAACAUUCAAAAUAUCCACGUUCCCGAGAGAGCUUUAGUUCAGGUGCAUUUUACGGACUUGCACAGAGUGGCUAAAGCGUACAGUACUUUUAAUGUUACUAACAAGACAACAGCAAGGCAGUUGGUAGAGUUAGCUCUACGUAAACUAAAUCGUCUUAUCGGAGAGGGCAGCAGCAUUGCUGGUCUAGUGGCCAACACGACUGGAAGAAAUCCUGCAGCAGCACUUGACGAAUAUUUUGUCGUCAAGAAGCAAUAUGAUGGCUCAAAUGUCGUCCAAGAACGACGUCUCGCUGAUGAUGAAUUUGUGUUGAUUGUGCAAAGUCGUUGGCCGAGCGGCAAGGGCUUCUACUUGAAGCAGCUGUCUAGUGGCAAGUCAUCCACAUCAACAUUAUACAGGAGCAUACAGCCACCCUCUUUACCGCUGACAACGACUGGCAGGUGUGAAUCGGAUGGCUUUAUAGAUCUAGGGGAGGAUGAACCUUGUUUGCUGAUACCAUUGGAGCAUGCUGGUGUCUCCUCAAGAUUUGUGAUUAACACAAAGAAAUCGAAACGAAGUGCUUCUACCUCCGUUCAUCAUGAGUCUGCAAAGCAUGGCUCGGGUCUGAUAGAGCCAAGUAGUGUACCAAGUUAUCUGCCAUCGCACAACAUUACAGACUAUCCGAUGGUAACAACUCGUGUGGUGACGGCAAGCGGCAAGCAGAAAGUUAAGCAACAAUUUGAUGACUUGCAACAGCACAAGGGAAAAGGUAGAAAAGGUAUGAAACAUAAAUCACUAAAAGCUCUUCUAACUAAAAAAAACAAACGACAUGAGCGCGUCAGCUCUAGCCCUUCUAGUUUGAGCAUGUACAGUCAAGAAGGAGUGUAUCAUGUCGGAAGAAGCACAUUUCAUCACACUCACAAGUAUGAUGAAGGGAUGAAGUGCAGCACUAGCAGUGUCAUAGACACGUCUACAGCUGCGAGCACGAGUGCAGAUCAUUUGUCAGAUUUUGACCAGCCACCACGUGGUCGUGUGCGUUCUAGGUCGUUGCCCACUCUUCCCCGUUCUACUGGUGAAAAUGUGCUAGUCGAUUCUACAAGAGACCUAGAAACGUUGACAGAGCAGUUGCAUAAAUUCAGUGAAAGAGACUUGCAAAUGGAGAUAAACCGUCGCUCACUGCAACUUGAAAGACUAAAACACAGCUUGUCUAAGUAUUCGGUUAGCGACUCUGGAAGUGAUAGAGACAUUGAUGAUGAUGUGUUUGACUCAAACGUUGCUUCAAGUUCUCAACCAGUAGAUUGUUCAGAGAGUCACGAAAUUAUUAGACUGGAACGGCUAUUGCUUAUUGAGAAGCGCAUGUUCUAUGGCGCAUUGCGUUUCGCGGAAAUUUCUAUGAAAGACAAGCGACAACGCAAACAUGCGGAGAAAAGCGUGCAACGAAGCAAAGAUUAUGUUAGAAAACUGGAAAAUAAAAUAAAAUCUCUGAGAGCGAAGGUUCUACUUCAUGGACUUAGCACCAGUUCAGAAGCUUGAAGGUUGUACAUGUUGCUGUGUAUAUAUAUAUCUAUACCCCAGGUACAUGUUGUGCACGAUGCAUAUACAAUUGCAUCUGGUAUAAUAGAUUUAGUAGAAUGGUAAAUAUGAUUACCACCACUGAUUAAUGCAUUUCUAACCGAAUAUUAUGUUCUACUUUAAUUUUUGUCCAUACAAAUAUAUGCAAGUGUUUGCCUUAGUGUUUUCAUUCCAAUGUCAAC